CUGUUCCCCCGCCACGCCCCCGCUCUCUGUGUCACGUGGCUGGCAAAGCAAAUGCCUUUCCCGCAUUCCGCGCUAUUCUCUUUCCUAUGGGUGGAAAUCCAGUGGCUUCGAGGGGAUGAACGUCCGUGAUAGGCUCAAAGAAAAACUACAUUUCCCAGAAUGCUCUGUGCACGACCUUUAUGAACCAACGGAAGGUUCAUGGUUCUGUGAAAGGUUUCUGGGCCGUUGUCUCUACUCGCCUCAAGUCAAGGGUACUGAAGACAGGAGAACUGUGUGCAGUGCAGGAGCAAUGCAGAAGCGGGCAGGUUUGGACCAAAAGGAGUGUGGUGAUCUGGACAGCAUCCGAAAUUGCGUCUAGCAGCUAGUGUCCUUGUCCCCUAAUGCUAGUGGUAACAUGAAGACGUGGGAAGACAUCGUUGGCAGAUAAUAGCAUAUAUACUGGGGGAUGAGCAGGGUCAUCAAAAUGAAAAGUGGGAGUUUAUUUCAUUUGAUUAUUCUAAAUCUUUUGAUAGCAGGCAUUUUCAGCUUGACUUUAGAGAGUUGUUUCCAAGAGCAACUGCGGCUCCAGACUCAGGUGAGACUUCUGGAACACAGUGUGAAGCAGCAACAGGCAAAAAUUGUGCAGCUCUUAAUGGAGAAGGACAUGCAAAUGCAAUACAGAGAUAAAGGUGGUGAAAAUACUACCAUCGAACUGGGAGGAGAAGAAUAUAAAGAUUGUGCUGAGAUCUAUAGUGCAGGACACACACAGAGUGGAUUUUACAAGAUGAAACCUCUCCAGAGUCCCAGUGGUUUCUUUGCCUAUUGUGACAUGUCAGAAGGAGGAGGAUGGACGGUUUUUCAGAGACGGUCAGAUGGGAGUCAAAAUUUUGAUAGAGACUGGGCUGAGUAUGAACAAGGCUUCGGUGAUUUUGCUUCACCAGAUGGCGAAUACUGGCUCGGCAAUAAAAACCUUCAUUAUCUGACCUCUCAGGGAAAUUAUACCUUAAGAAUUGAUAUGUCUGAUUUUAUGGAUGAACAACGAUAUGCACAAUAUGAAAAUUUUCGAAUUGCAGAUGAACAGAAUUCAUAUAUGAUGAAUUGUGGACAAUACUCUGGGACAGCUGGUGACUCCUUCACCGGGGGCUUUCACCCAGAGGUUAAAUGGUGGGCAAACCACCGAGGAAUGAAAUUCAGUACAAAAGACAGAGACAAUGACAACUAUGAAAAGAACUGUGCUGAAGAAGACAAAGCUGGCUGGUGGUUUAACAGAUGUCACUCUGCCAACCUGAAUGGCCUGUACUACAAUGGACCCUACUCAGCAGCAACGGACAAUGGGAUUGUAUGGUACACAUGGCACGGAUGGUGGUAUUCUUUGAAAUCUGUUGUCAUGAAAGUUAGGCCAUCAGUCUCCAGCCCUAUGGAAGUUUAAAGUUGUGUCUUUUAUUCAUCCUUUUAAACAAAUGAGUUGAAAUAGUAUUGUGACAUAUUUCCUCAUGUUACCUAUAUGCAAAUUGUGGGUGGCUCUGUUACAGACAAUGGUCACAAUCCAACAUAGGGUUGAGUCCUAGGACUAUUGAUUAUCAAUGGGCUUAAGUGUGUAUCCAUUAAAUUGUGGCAAACUGGUUUUAUACAGAAGUCCAUAACAACAGAAUAGAAUCUGGCCCAAAGGUUUAUGGUGUGGGUAUGUGAACUAUUUGAGACCAAUGAGCCAAACAACUCUUUGUUGAUUUUGCACUAACUGAAAGACUGGCAUCAGUACUAUUCUAGAAGCAUCAGUACUACAUUAAAUCUUCAGGGGAUUUUAUUUUUUUUUAGAGACAGAGACUUCUCACAAUCUGUAUAUUUCUAUUCUACUAU